UGUUUGUGGGUCGGACAGCCGCCGGAGGCCGUUGUGACGCUGCCCCCUGACGCGGCACUUCGGCAAAGCUUUUCUUUGGCAGGAGGGGCACAACCGCGAGUACGUGGCGUGCUCCCCAUCGCAGUUUACACAGUGGAGAGCGUUCUCACAAGUUUCAGUGGUGUGUUCUUGGGCACUGCAUUUAGCACAAGUUUGGCGGCCGCGGCAGCUCUGCGAGCUGUGGCCGAAGCGCUGGCAUUUGAAACAACGGAGUGGGUUUGGCACAUACGGCCUGACACGGAGCUUGAUAUACCCGGCCUCGAUUGACUCGGGCAAGACACUUGAACCAAAGGUCUGACUGCCACCUUGUUCAGGUGCUUCGCAGCUGCACUCGGUAUGUGCUGCUCUUCACUGAACGACUUUGACGCCAACUUGGUCCACAGGGCCUCACCAAUGCGAUGAGUCAAGCUGAAAGUAUGAAUGCCAAAACAGCAUGCCACACCCCUUCCAAGGUCUUCGGUCAGGUCGAGGUUGGCAUGCAGUACAGCUUGCCUCUGGCUGACAAGUCUGUCGGCUGCUCGUUGAAACCAGGAAGCGAGUCUAGGAGCGUGCAGACUACAGAGGCUGUGGAACAGUUAAGCUCCACCUCAGGCUUCACCAAUGCGAUGAGUCUAGCUGAAAGUAUGAAUGCCAAAACAGCAUGUCACGCCCCUUCCAAGGUCGUCGGUCAGGUCGAGGUUGGUAUGCAGUACAGCUUGCCUCUGGCUGAAAAGUCUGUCGAAUGCUGCUUUAAAGCAUGGAGCGUGUCGAGGAGCGUGCAGACUAGGGAGGAUGUGGAACAGUUAAGCUCCACUUCAGCAUCGAGGCCUUCUAUUUCUCCAUCAACUGCCAAAUGUGACAACUCCAAGCAAGGAUGCCUCCACCGAUCUCAAUCAUGUGACUAUGAGACUCAUAAACUAUCUCAGCUGGAAACGCAUGCCACCGUCCAUACUGCUGAGAAGCCAUUUCCAUGCCCUUCAUGCUCUCGGAGCUUCUCACGAAAGACCCACCUGAAAAGCCACCUUCGCACUCACACAGAUGAGAAGCCAUUUCAAUGCCCUUCAUGCCUUCAGAGCUUCUCACAACAGGCCCACCUGCAAGAGCACCUGUGCACCCACACAGGCAAGAAGCCAUUUCCGUGCCCUUCAUGCUCUCGGAGCUUCUCAGAAAAGUGCAGCCUUAUGAGACAUCUGCGCACCCACACAGGCGAAAAGCCAUUUGAGUGCCCUUCAUGCUCUCGAAGCUUCACAGAAAAGGGCAACCUCAUGAGACAUCUGCGCACCCACACAGGCGAGAAGCCAUUUGAGUGCCCUUCAUGCUCUCGGAGCUUCUCACGAAAGACCCACUUGGAAAUCCACCUUCGCACUCACACAGGUGAGAAGCCAUUUCAAUGCCCUUCGUGCCUUCAGAGCUUCUCAGAAAAGGCAAAGCUGAAAUCCCACCUGCGCACCCACACAGGCGAGAAGCCAUAUCAGUGCCCUUCAUGCUCUCGGAGCUUCUCAGAAAAGGGCAACCUUAUGAGACACCUGUGCACCCAUACAGGUGACAAGCCAUUUCAGUGCCCUUCAUGCGCUCAGAGCUUCACACAAAAGAUCAACCUGAAAAUCCACCUGCGCACCCACACAGGCGAGAAGCCAUAUCAGUGCCCUUCAUGCUCCCGGAGCUUCUCAGAAAAGGGCCACCUUAUGAGACACCUGCGUACCCACACAGAAGAGAAGCCAUUUCAGUGUCCUUCAUGCUCUCAGAGGUUCACAGAAAAGGGCUCUCUUAUGAAACACCUGCGCACCAACACAGGCGAUAAGCCAUUUCAGUGCCCUUCAUGCACUCAGAGCUUCUCAGAAAAGUGCAGCCUUAUGAGACAUCUGCGCACCCACACAGGUGCGAAGCCAUUUGAGUGCCCUUCGUGCUCUCGGAGCUUCUCACAAAAGGUCACCCUGAAGUUCCACCUGCGCACCCACACAGGCGAGAAGCCAUAUCAGUGCCCUUCAUGUUCCUAUAGCUUCUCAAAGAAGGGAAACCUUAUGAGACCCCUGCGCACCCACACGGGCGAGAAGCCAUAUCAGUGCACUUCAUGCUCUCGGAGCUUCUCAGAAAAGCGCCACCUUAUGGAACACCUGCGCACCCACACAGGCGAGAAGCCAUUUCAGUGUCUUUCAUGCUCUAAGAGCUUCUCACAAAAGGUCACCCUGAAGUCCCACCUGCGCACCCACACAGGCAAGAAGCCACAUCAAUGCCCUUCAUGCUCUCGGAGCUUCUCACAAAAGAGCAACCUUACGAGACACCUGCGCACCCACAUAGAAUAGAAGCCAUUUCAGUGCCCUUUAUGGACUUGGAGCUUCUCAGAAAAGUGCUAUCGUGUGAGACACUUGUGCAACCACAAAGGCGAGAAGCUGUUUCAGUGCCCUUCAUGCUCUCGGAGCUUCUUACAAGAGGCCCACCUGAAAGAUAGUCUGCACAUCUAUACAGGUGAGAAGCCAUUUCACUGCCCUUCAUGCCUUCAGAGCUUCUCACAAAAGGGUACCCUAAUAUUCCAGCUGUGUACCCACACAGGCAAGUAGCAAUAUUAGUGGCCUUCGUGCUCUCGGAGCUUCUCAGAAAAGGGCAACCUUAUGAAACCUGUGCAAGCAUAAAGGUGAGAAGCCAUAUCAGUCUGUUUACGCCUUCAGAGCUUCUCAUUGAAGCAUGGAAUGAAGAUACACCCGCAGCGCGUUCAUACAGGUGACCAGGUCCACCAUUUUCUCCACGUCGUUUAUGCAGUCUCAUUACUUGAGCAGACAUAAAAGAGCACAGCACCAUGAUACUGUAGGGUAAUUCAACAACCAUGUUGAUCUACAUUCCGAAUUAAACAUUUACAGACGUAUAGCAUGUUACAUAGUGCUGUACUGCGUUUCUCCAAGCACAAGUUUCUCCAUGCACUCUUAAAGGGGCCCUGAAACACUUUUUGGGUCACCAUAUUUUUUCUAAAUAUUUUUGCAGCAUGUCAUAGAACAUAAAGCAAAACAAAUUAUGAAAACUGAUGCCUUCAAAGCUGAUAUAGCUGAGAAAAAGAAUCCAUAGUUAGACCUCGGUAUAAUGAAGACUGUAAAAUCGUCAAUUUGCAUUAUGUUAUGACUUCAUUAUUUGAAAUGUAGUCAAUAUUUGUUCCAGCUAUCACCAUCUAGAAAAGUCAGCAUUGCAGCCACUACAAACCGCACCAGUAGCCAAUUGAAGGACAUGAGCUAUGUCACCAUUUUGACCUGUGCCGUAUUGGCAUGUAGCAUGGAAUUGUCAUAUAAGCAUCAGGCAGGCAAUGCCACUAUUCUGCUGCUUUUAAACCAAAGGUUGUGCGAGCUGCAUAGGCAUUGUCAAACAUUCAGGCUGUGUGGGUCUUCAGCAUCGAUGAGAAAAACGUCCGUCGUUGGAGGGGGCAACUGGAUAUUUUUUGUGCAUGCACUGCAACGAGGAGGGUAUUUACAGGACAACAGCAGCGAGGAUGACUUAGAAAAGCCCAGCAAGUUCAUUUUCAAUAAAUGCUGUUUUCACGUUGUGAA